AUGAGCAACCAAGAUAUUUCUGAAGACCGCAGUGACGAUAUUCUACGCUCUCUUGCAGGUUCUCCAAGCCACAAAGCAGAAUCCUACUACGAGCUCAAAGGAAAAGGUCUUCCGAGGCUUUCGUCGGCCUUCGCGAACGCCCAAUUUCUGCCGGAGGAGCUCGAAGACUAUGUGACCAUCCUCGUAGAUAUCGCCGAUGUCCUCGGGAUCGACGACCUCUCGUUUUCGAGCUUUUCCAAUGCGAUUUGCAGCCUGUCCAGUGAAGAGUUAUCUUUGAAGCGGUCUUCUCUCCGUAUGCAAUAUGCCCAAGAUGAACUUUUGGCCCACCUCGCAUCAGCGGAACACCUGGAAAGCCUCACACAGAAGUGGAUCAAAACAAUUCAGGCAGAGCCAGACCCAAACGCUAGCGUGUCGGCGCUUGAGAGACGCAAAGCAGCGCUCUUCGCAAAGGCCAAAGAGUAUCAAGCAGAGCUGGACGCCAUAAUGAGCCAGAUGCCUGAAACACCUCCCGUGACAGCGACCCAACUCCACGCCCUGCACAAGGAGCUGAAAGUGAAAGAACAGCAGCUCAAAGAGAAGCGCGCAAGGGUCGAGGCAUUCCAGGGAGUUCCGCCAAAUCUGGAGCUCGCACGGCACGAGCUGAGAAAUGCGCGAGAUGAGCAGAUGAAGCUGAUCCAGCUUAGGGAGAGACUACUUGACAGGAUGGCAAGUGGCAUGAAUUGA